AUGGUCGGCUCACAUGGGUUGGAAAUCAGGGGCGCCUCUGAGCCUAGUAACACCAAAGGCGCCACCGCGUCUGUUUCCGAGAGCCACUCCGAGCGCGCUGUGAAAGAGGACGUCAUGAUCACUUCGUCGCUCCCUCGUGAGCAGCUGACGCCUGUUCGGACUCGUGCUCCUUUGGCGCCAUCGCAUUUGCGCUCCCGCUCACUGGCAGGGAUUCCCGGCAUGCCUUCCAUGACCCGCGCCUACUCCUCCCCCGGAAUGGACUCGCGAGGUCGGUACAUUUUUGUGAACGGCCGAGGAGGGUCGGCAACUCAACCCACCAUCGAUCACACCAAGCGCUCCAACCCAGGACAAAUGCGCAGCGAGGAUCACCUUGAGACCCGCCUCGGCUCCUUGAACAUAGUAUCCGAGACCAUCUCCGAGAACGCCGAGCUCGAGACAGUGCCGCGCUCCCCUUCUUCGCAGUCAGCCUCCUCGCCCGUGCUGAUGCCCCAGACAUUCUUACGCAGCGGUCGACUGCGCUCGACCUCCCCUCUGCACUUUCAGCUGCCACACAUCAACAGCCCUCCCUCGGUCCACAGCUCCCCUACCCUGGGCGGUCGAUACAAUGAAGCCUACCCUAUCCACCCCGCCUCUUCCACGUCUUCCAUUCCUUCGACUCCGACCAGUUUCCGAUCCCGCAGCCCCAGCAUCUCCUCGCUGGAGACAAUCCCUGAUAUCCCUGACGCCGAGGCAGAGGCACUAGAGGAAGAGAGAAUCGCCGAGCUCAAGGCGGCUGCUGACGCCGCUGAUGCGGCUGGCACAACCGGCCGACGACGAGGCGCUUCUGACGUGGCCACGCCGUACAAUUCCUUUACUCUUACUCGCGGGGGAAACAACUCGUAUGCUUCUCGCAUUGAUAAGCGCAAGCGCUGGAGUGUCUGCGGAGCCGAGCGCCGACAGGAUCUCGACCUCGAAACUAUCUGGGAGGACUAA